UUGAAAUUUAUCUUAGAAAUUAAUUAUCAGUAAAAACACUCACUAUAUUAAUUUUAUUAAAAUCAAACAUUUGAAACUACGUCGAUUAUAAACAUAUUGAUAAUAGUGGUUAUGCUGUCUGUCACUUGUCAAAUGCGUCAUCCAAAGUGGUUUUAAAAGGUAUUUGUUGAACUAUUUUAUUAUUAAAACUUGAAAAAUUAAUCGGAAAAACUAUGAACAAGCUAUAACCAGUUCAAUGUGAUUCUUUAAAAAACAACUUAUGAGAUAUGUAUAUUGCAUCAGUUUCAACGACCAUUAAAUUCCACGAAUUUCCUAACGGCAAUGUUAUCCACAAUUACCAACCCGGAAAGGUGGAAGGGCCGGUCAGAAGUUUAUCGUGGAGUAGAGACGGCAAUUGGUUAGUAGUCGUUCCGCAUUCAGGUCAAACUGAAAUUGUUGGUACUAAAGAUCAGCUCAGACUACUGAAAACUAUCCACGAAGUAGACGAGCCGACUGCAGCUUGCUUCCAGAACACUACAAAAAAGAAUAUUGGUAUAGGAACCAAAAGCGGUUUGGUUCUAAUUUACGAUAUCAAAUCGAGGAACGUUAAAAAGAGAUUUCCCAGGGCUUCUACGCAAAUUACUCACGUGGCUUUCACCGCCAAAGAUAGUCAUUGCAUAACCGGUUGUAAAAACGGUGAAGUUUUGGUUUAUAACAACGUCACGAAUAGCCCCCCAUCGAAUCUUCGUGUACCGAAAUCAAAUUCUAUUACUUGUUUAAAAACGAACCAAUUGAAAAGGAAUUUGGUACUAGGGGGUAGUAACGAAGGUAUAAUCGUCGUAUGGGAUAUCAAUAUCAACAGAAGUAAAUUUUGUACGGAAGCGCACAAAGCUCCUGUCAAUGCAAUCGCUAUAUCGCCCGUAAACGUUGAUUUAAUAGUAACCGCAGGGGCUGAUAGACAGUUUUGUUUCUACGAUAUAGCCGACCAUAAAUGCAUAGCCAAUAUAUCCGUAGAGAAUUGCAUAACCGCCGUCGAUUUUUCUCCAGACGGUACUCAUUUUGUGAUGGGUUCCCAAAAUGGUAGAGUCUACAUCUACGAUUCAAGAAACAUUCAACAGCCAGUUAAUUCGUUUCUUGCUCAUACGAGUGCUGUAAGACAUAUAGCCUUCCAAAACAGACACGAAUCUAGCGAUUCGAGUGUUUGUAGUUUAUCGAAAUCAUUCGAUAACGUAGCGAUCACUCAAGAAGAAAAGAGACGAAAUAAAUCCGUUAGGACUAGUGAUUUUUUCGGAAUGCAUUUAUAUACAGUUGAUGCUGGUUUAGAUAGGAAAUCUAUUGCUUCAGUAGGAGGUGAAGAUUCUUUUAUAGUAGCACUCGGUUUAGAUAAAGACAACACAACUGAGUCUAUAAAUAAUGAUGUUUUCGUAGAAGAUAUCAGUAGUAAACCUAAUAACAACGAUUUAGAUUUGCCUUGUUCUAUUUCGCUUCAAUUAAAUAAACCGGAAGCUGGGGAUCUCAAAAUGAAACAGUUUUCUUCCACCCCGAUAUUUAAUAUUCAUCACAGUUUAUCCGAGUUAUCACAAACUUCCAAUGUUAUGCAUAAAUCUACUACUAACGCAACUAAUUCCGAUGAAAUCAAAACUUUGGUCAAAGAAUGUUUUAGUGAGGAAUUUAAAACUGUUAUUGAUGAUCUGAAAAACGAUAUUAAAUAUGAAUCUACUCAUACUACUCACCAGAUGAGGAUAAUGUUUUUGGAAAUGCACAUGGCGAUGGUUAAAAUGGCGUUGAAGUUGGAAGAUUUCUCUAAGAGGAUAAGAUAUGAUCCACAUCCUACUUCUAAUUAUGAAAAUAGCUUGGUUGAUGAAAUUGAAAGGCUAAGAAAAAGAAACGACUUUUUAGAAGAACAGCUGAAGAAUUUAACAGUUGCUAAAAGUGUAAAUGGAGAGUGAGAUUUUUUACUUGUAUAAAUAAAUAAUAAAAUCUAUUUUGUAAUUUUUAAUAUUUUUGGAAUAGUUUUAUACAAAUAAAUAUUUACUUU